AUGCUCUCCCUCACAAGCACAGUCGCGCUCUGCGCCGCUAUGAUCGGCGCAACUAUGGCUGUAACCUCCAUCUCAGACACCCAAAUGACAACUCUUCUAACUGAAGGCGGUGUUGGACUCGCCAUGGCCGCUCAGCCAAUGUGGUUCUUCGGACAAGCGAUGAACCGACCUCCCUGUAUUCCAACGCAUGCAGUCGUCAACCGACAGCAAACGCCUGGCGCGGAGCUUUGCGAAUGGCCUGACGCCGGUUGUAAUUGCCGAAAACCGGGCGUCGAAAUCGGGAACCUGGCGCCUGAUUUUCCAGUCUAUUACAGCUACAGCAAGUGUAAUGACAACGAGGUACGGGUGGCGUAUAAUCUGUUUUAUGAGAAGGAUGGGUUCACGCCAUCUGGCGUCUUUGGACAUAAAUAUGACUGGGAGAGGGUAAUUGUCGUAUGGACGAAAAAUUCCGCAAGCAACUGGCAGCCGUCGCAGCUCUUACUCUCCCAACACUCAGGUUACGACCGCAAGAACUGGGUCGACAUCCAAAACACCUUCAACACCGUCGACGCAACACUCCCUCGCGGUGGUGACAACGGCAGAAAGAAUCUUGACCAUCCAAAGGUAUACGUCGCCUGGUCUAAACAUGCCAUCUACCACGAUAGGAACACGGGUUGGAACGAUGUGCUUUCCCAGUUGACGAAUAAUGCCUUUCGUUCGCAGGAUUGGUGGUAUUAUCAUGCGAGCAGCUCGUACAUCCGCGCAGACGGCUCGACUGAGAUUGGAAAGCAGAUGGCUGGGAUGAAUUGGGGAUCGGCCACAAGUCAUCCGGCCAGUGUGCACGACGGGCUGUGUUCCGCAGUCAACGACCCUUGCAUCAUGGCAACCUCCAAGCCCCAAUUCAAGGGCUGGCUUGCAGUUGCUGCAGACGCUGCAGAAGGAAAACUUGAAUUCCUCGGCUUUGAACCAAAGCCAUGGGAAGAAAAUGACGUGGAUAUCAAGAUCACCCACUGCGGUGUAUGUGGCUCAGAUAUCCAUAUGAUGAGCAGUGGCUGGGGUCCCGCCCCUUACCCCCUCUGUGUUGGGCACGAGAUCAUCGGAACGGUUGAACGCAUUGGGUCUCAAGUUGAAGGUGACCUGCGUGUCGGCGACCGGGUUGGAGUCGGACCCCAAAGCGACUCAUGCCUGGGACGAUUUGGGGACUGCGAUCGUUGCGCAACGGGCCGUGAGAAUUACUGCCAAAAGAUGGUCUCGACGUACGCAGCAAAGCACUUUAAUGGCGGAAGCGCUAUGGGUGGCUAUGCCCUUUACCAUAGGUGCCCCUCGCAUUUCGUUUUCAAGAUCCCCGACGGCCUCUCGUCAGCUGUGGCUGCUCCCAUGCUUUGUGCAGGGGCUACCGUUUUUUCACCUUUGAAGAAGAACGGAUGUGGUCCUGGUAAAACGAUCGGUGUGGCAGGUAUCGGCGGUCUCGGUCACUUUGCCAUACUGUUUGCCAAGGCACUUGGGGCAGAUAAGGCUCCAGUCGGUGAUUACCUCUCCUUGUUGAAUAUUGAGGGCAGCCUAAUCCAAUUGGGAUCUCCAGAUGAUGGUGAUUUUGUAAUUCCUGGCUAUCCACUGAUCUUUGGUGGAGUAAAAUUUGGUGGGUCAUGCAUCGGAUCUCCUGCUGAAAUCCGCGAAAUGCUGCUCCUAGCGGAAAAGACCGGACUUAAGCCUUGGAUUGAGGAACGGCCAAUGAGCGAUAUCAAUCAGACAAUCGUCGACAUGGUUGCUGGAAAGGCCAAAUAUCGCUAUGUUCUGGUAAAUGACCAGUGA